UUACCAGAAAAUCCAAUUAAAUUGAGCCAUGUGGCAAGCUCCCAUUGGAGAAGAGAACCGUCAAACUUUUACCGGGCCACCCACCUUCCUGGGAGAUCUCGUUUUGUCUCUCUAGUCUCUACAGUAGGGCAAAAUGGAGAAGCGCAGAGAACAAAGAUGAAAAUUUGCAACUGGCCAUGAACAAAUUCCAGAUAAAAUUUCUGUCCGUUUCUUAUCGCUUCCUAGCGACCAAACACCCCGCCGAGAAGAAAAAGUUUUCACUUGUUUCUCACUACUACGCAAACGACCAAAUCACCCGCCAGAUAAGAGAUUCCCACUACCCUUUUCUCUCCCCCCGCCAGAUCAUUCACCACCACCACGAUACAAUAAUGCCGUCGUCCCAAAUCCUCCCCGUCACCACAAUCCACCACCACCAUAAAUCCCCCAAAACUUGGGGGAAUUCUUCCUCCCCGCCAAUUGCAGAGACUUCAUUGUCGAUCAAAGAAGAGGAAAGUGUGAAUCAGAUGGUGAUGAAUCUAGUCAUCGACGACCCUUCAACCCGGCUCCUGAUUUCUUCCCCGCCGCUGUUUUCUUCCUCCGAAGAGAUCGCCGCCUCCCACAAGAAGCCCCUGCUGUCGCGGAAUGCUAGCUUCUCAGAUGGUGGUGUUGGUGGUGGGGCGGGGGAUGAAGGGGCCGGCCGGCAGCAGUCGUUGAGCCGUGAAGUGGGUCAUGCCGCCGCCGAGACGUUUCUGCUUACCAGAUUGAGUUUGCAGCUCUUGACUUAUCUUGGGGUAGGCUAUAGAUGGGUUAUGAGAUUUGUUGCUCUUGGCUUCUACUCAUUGAUGCUUAUGCCGGGUUUCAUUCAAGUUGGAUAUUAUUAUUUCUUCUCCAAGCAAGUGAUCAGAAGUGUAGUUUAUGGCGAUAAACCACGAAAUAGGAUUGAUCUGUAUAUACCGAAAAAUAGCGAUGGGCCAAAGCCGGUUGUUGCGUUUGUAACUGGUGGUGCUUGGAUAAUUGGGUACAAAGCCUGGGGUUCCCUGCUUGGAUGGCAAUUAUCGGAAAGAGACAUCAUAGUGGCUUGCAUAGAUUAUAGGAACUUCCCUCAGGGAACUAUGAGCGACAUGGUGCAGGAUGCCUGUCAAGGCAUCUCAUUUGUAUGUGAAAAGAUAGCCGAAUAUGGAGGUGAUCCUAGUAGGAUAUAUUUGAUGGGUCAAUCAGCUGGUGCACACAUAGCUAGUUGUGCCCUUGUUGAGCAAGCAAUUAAAGAAGCUGGUGAAGGGGAGAAUGUUUCUUGGAGUGUUUCUCAGAUCAAGGCCUACUUUGGUUUAUCAGGAGGGUACAACUUAUUUAACCUGGUGGAUUACUUCCACAGUCGGGGUCUGUAUCGAUCCAUAUUUUUAAGCAUAAUGGAAGGUGAAGAGUCUUUAAGAAGGUUUUCUCCUGAAGUACUAGCCCAGGAUCCAAGCUUGAAAAAUGCCAUCUCUCUGCUGCCUCCAGUUGUUCUUUUCCAUGGCACUGCAGAUUAUUCAAUCCCCGCAGAGGCCAGCACUAGUUUUGCCGAAACACUGAAGGCAGCUGGAGUGAGGGCCGAGGCAAUUACAUACGAAGGCAAGACUCAUACCGAUUUAUUUCUUCAGGAUCCAAUGAGAGGUGGGAAAGAUCAAAUGUUUGAGGAUCUAGUAUCCAUAGUUCAUGCUGGUGACCCAGACGCCGAAGCCAAAGACAAGGUGGCCCCUCCAAGACGUCGCCUUGUUCCCGAGUUCAUGCUGCAGUUAGCUCGUAAAGUCAGCCCCUUCUAGCAUAGCGUACCACAUCCUUAACAAUAUACAACGUAGCAGCACUUUCUUCUCUGAAGUUUGCUUCUUCAAGUUACUCUAGUGUACAUGUUGCUCCUUUGUUUUUUUUACCCCCUUCUGUUUGUAUGGAGCUUGUCAAUCAUUCUUUACUAGUCCACACAGUAGGCCAUUGUUUUGAGAGAUUAUUGACAUUUGUAGAUUGAUUCUUUGGUGAAUAAAAACUUGCAUUCUGCAAUCUCCAAUGGAGCCGAGUAUGAAAUGUUUGAAUAAUCUGAUCCAGAUAUCAUUUCUCUGUGUUGACUACAAUUGGACGAUUAGAACAGCUGGAAGAGGUUGAGAUCUUGCUUGGUUAUGUAAUUGAAUCAGGAAGCCGUAUCCUUAGCUCCUGCUGCUCCUUUUCUUGCGACCUCUGGCGUUAUGAUUCAUGAUCUUACCUGGACGCACCGACUUCUGUGAAGUUUGCUUCUUCAAGUUGCUCUUAUGUACUCGUAGUCCAAUGUAGACCAUCUUUAUGAGAGAUUACUGACAUUUGUGUAGAUUGAUUCUAUAGUGAAUGAAAACAUCAAUUCCAU